CAUAAUUAAUUUUGGAAUUUAAGAAGUAUAUACAUUUUUGUUAUGAAAUUUGUGAAAAAAUUUGACUUAUGUUGCUUAGUGAAGUAAUCAGAAUUUUAAUGUUAAAGGUAAAGAAAAUUAGUGAUAUACUUAUACGUUUAAGCAUAAUCACCACAGUCAUUUUUUUUAGUAUCGCAUCGAACAUUUCACAAAUUACAAUUCAUUCACUAAUCGCUCUCAAAUAAAAUAUUUUAAAGAAUAACAUUUCAUUUUUGUAUUUAUUUUAGGAUUUGUUAUACAAUAAUAUUUUUUAAUUUCGUUUAGAUUAUAUUUAAAUUUUUAAAAGAUGAGAAUUCUCGGAAUGUUACUGAAAUACUCGUACUUGAAUUGAUUACACGAUACUAUUACACGUGAUUGAAUAAGGAAAACAAACAAAGUAGGGAUGACUCUCAGAAGAAUUUGGAAGAGCAUCAUAGUGUGAAAGUUCAGUAUGUGUACUGAUAAGUUUACAGUAGUGCGAAUGCUUAGGAUAAGAGUAAAAUAAAAUGAAAUUAGUUCAUUGUGUUAUUUUUUUUCUGUUUUGUGUGUUUUGUGCGUUUCAAGCAAGUAAUGCAGUAAUAAAUCGAGAAGAACUGACAAUAAAAGGGGUGUAUUCAUGGAAAGACCCAAAAUUACCUUCAGAUAUGAGAAAUUGGGAAGUUAUUACACAUUUUGAAAGUAUAUAUUUGGCUGGUUUUAACGAUACUUCCUUGGACCUAUAUCGUUUGGACAUUUAUACAGAUACUUUAUCUCAUGUAGAUAAGAUAUCUAUAACUGAAAAUAUCACAGCAUUAAAACUUGCUGUUGUGCACAAAAAAGAUAUUACCGAAGAUCACAAUCAAAUUAUUUUGAUUUUAAGUGUAAAAUCACACGAUAAUGGGCAAGAUUUAAAGUGGUUUUAUUUGAAAAAUGAUACAAUCGUACCGCUUGUAGUAGAAUAUUUAGCAAAUUUAAAAAAUAUUCAACAUUAUCAAUAUCUUGAUUUUGAAAACCAACAUAAAUUUAUUACAGCACGGAAUGAUUCAAUUACCGGUAAAGUAGAUCUCUCUAUAAUUGAAAUAUAUGAUGUUAUAUUUGAUGGUGAUUCCGUAAUUUUUCGGUAUUGUUUCCAAUUUCGAAUACCUGAAAUAGUUAACAUCAAAAUUUAUAAUACAAAUGAAGGCAAGGUUAGAAUUAUUCUUAUCACGAAAAAUCAUGUUAUUUUACAAGAGUAUAAGCAUGAAGAUAUGGAGAAAUGUAAUCUAAAAUUAGGGGAAAAAAUAAUUAUAACGGGGUCCAUUGAUGCUAUUUACUUUGAAAGUGGGCACAAACAUUACGUAGCUUCUUGGGGUAAUACAACAGAAAUGUUCGAAUUAAAUAAUAUUGGUUGGCAACCGGUUGUUUCCAUGGAUAAAUUAUUUAGUGUUAUCCAACCAGUAGAACAUAUUUAUAGCUUGCCUAUUGAUACUUAUCGAGAUGAAGUUCUUUUAAUCGUUUAUUCGAAAUUAUUUGGUAUGAUUAUACUCGGUUGGCAAGGGACCGAAUUCAAACAAAUUUUAUCGCAAUUUGAUGUAGAAAAAAGGGAUAGAUCAAACGUAAUCAUAUUGCCAAAAUUUGGCAUUAAAGUGAAUCGUACACUUAUUAAAAUUAAUAUACAAUUGAAUUCAACGUUUCAAAAUAAUUUAUUCGAUGAUUUAAAAAAACAAGAUGUACUAAAUGAAAAAAUAAAUGCAUUUUUUGAAACUGAACUAUGGGAAAUUCCAAUUUCUCAAGAUUCAAAUUCUAUGAGUUAUUUACAAGCUAAUGAAAUUUGGAAUUAUUUUGAUGAUUUUGGAAUAUCUUUUGGAUUUCGCAAUAUUUCAAUAAUCAACUUCAAACAAAAAUAUGAUCAAUCUAUAAAUAUUAGUGUAGAGAUUGAACAAAAUUUAAAUAAAGCAGAGAAUAAAUGGAUUUCUGAAACUUUGGAAUAUUCAUAUUUAGAUUUUCGUGAACAUUUUCAAAUAAAAGGUUCAUUGAUCGUUGAAAAUUUAUUUGUUAAAAACUUGAACGAUUUGCCUUAUCAAAGUUUAUUAGGUUCUUGUAUGGAAUCUAAAAAUCACAAAAUAGUUGGUCGAAAGUCAUUUCCAAUAUUACAAUUAAAAAAUCAAGAUAUGAUAAUAGAACGAAUAAAUGGGUUACCUUUGAAAAAUAUGAAAUUCGUAAAUUCUGAAAGCUAUCAUGUGUCUCGCGUAGAAAAAAUUUCCAGAUUUCAAAUCAAUGGAAAUUUGAAUUUGUCAACGCUUAUGAAAACUAAUUGGAGUAGUAUAAUCAAUAAUUUAGUUUUCAUAAAUCAACCAAAAAUUAUACCUGGGAAAACUCAAAUAUUAAGGGGAACUUCUAUAGAAGCUUUGGAUACCGUUUAUUUAAAUGGACGAGUUUAUCCAUCUGAGUACAUAUUCAAAAGUUUUCCCGAGAUUGCAAUAAUUCAAGGCUCAAAAUCUUUUCAAACUCUUCGGGUCUUAAAUCUUGAAGGAGUGUACACAAUCAACGAAAUAGAUGCUGAUGAUUUUGUUAUUCUCAAUUCUGAUCAAAGCUUAAAUUAUACAAUAUUUUUUGAAAACUUAACUGUGGACGUUAGCCUUGUGAUUCAUGGCAAUAUUACUGGAUUGCCAGAACACGAUAUUAAUCCAGAUUUGACCAUCUUAAACAGUAAUCAAGUAGAUUCAGAUGUAAUGUUCAAUUUUUUAAAUGUUUCUGGACACGUAUACGUUAAAGAAAAUCUAAAUGGAACCCGUUGGAAUAGUUUAGAUGAUUUGUUAUUGAAAAGUCAAAAUAAUUCUAUUAUACAUGGAAAAAAAACAUUUACGAACAAUGUUUAUUUUUCCAAAAGCUUAGCAAUAAAAAAUCAUAUAAUAAAUAACCAUUCAGUACAGGACUUCAUCACAUUGGAUACUGAACAAAACUUACCAAAUUUAGUAAAAAUAUUCGGAAAUAUAUACUUUAAUGAAGUGAGUUACGUCGACUGUGAAAAAUUCGAGAAACGAUUAGUGCAAAUUGUAAAUAAUGGAUUGUGUAUAGAUAAACCCAUAGUGUUUGCAGAUACUCCCAUGGUUGAAAAUUUUUCUUUUUUAUCUUUAAAUGGAAACUUCAAAAACUCAGAAUUCAAUGAAAAAAUGUUCUCAGUUACUAACCACAUGAAAUUUUAUAAUGUUAAAGUGCAUAAAUUAUACGUAAAUAAUCUAGAAUCAAAAUUUAUCAAUGGAAUUAAUUUGAAAAAAUUCUCGAGUGAAAGAAUAUCAAGAUCAAGAACUCAAAAUAUAUCGAGUUUUCUAUUUUUAAAUGAAUUAAAAGUAGAUGUAUUAAAAGUUAAUCUCCUUAAUAAUAUUACGCCAAGAAAUUUUUUCAACAAAAUAAAAAAUAUGAAGUCAUUAAUUGAUAACAUUUAUGGCAACAACUCUCAAGUAGACAAAAUGUAUGUAGAUGGAAAUGUUUAUGUUACAUAUAUCAAUAAUAAAAGUUUACAUGAUUUCGAUUUGAAUAACACAAAAAACUACACUGUACAAGGAGAUUCAUUCAUUGAACAAUUAAUUGUUGGUGAUCUAAUAAAUGGUUUAAAUGUUUCAAAAUUACUGGAAUUUAAAACAAAAGAAUUCCAAUUCAUCUCACAUUUCAUACCAUCGAAAAAAAUCCAUAAAAUGAAAUGCCAUAAUCUAAUUGUAGAGUAUUUAAAUGAACAUUCCACCAAUGAUGUAAUAAACUGUAAUAAAAACCAAACUUUAGCUGGACCAAUAACAAUAAAUGGUCGAACUUGGGUGAAAUCAAUACAUGACACGACACAUAAUCUUGAAAAAUUUUUGUCAGAUCGUUCUGCAGAAUUAGUUGCAAAACUUGACACCAAUUUGUACAAACUUACAGGAAACUUUUUUAUAGACGAUGAUACUUUAAUCGAUUAUCUUGAUGUAUUUGGAAAAAUUCAAAAUAAAAAUAUUUAUGAGUUUGCAGAAGACUUGAUUCCUUCCAGUGCAAAUUCAGUGAAUAUCACUGGCUCUAAAAUAUUUAAUAAUGUUGUUUUUGGAAACAACAUUACAAUCGUAAAAAAAUUGAAUGAGAUUAAUUUGGAACACUUUUAUCAAAACGUAGUAUUUAUUGAACGACCAUUUUUGUUGAAAUCGAAAUUGGAAUUCGCAGAAGACUUGCAACUUGACAGUGACUUUGUUGUUAUAGAUUAUUUACAAGUUUUAACUCUAAAGAGUAUUAAUAUCAGUGGUUUGAUGGUGAACGCGGUUUAUAAAAAUGAUCCAUCUACAAUUCAAGGCAUCGUGUUUCAGGAUGUGGUGUUCCAAUCAAAUUUAUUUAUUGAGUCUUGGAAUGACGUACAUGUUGACAAAUUUUUCCUUCUGAAAAAUAGUUAUGUUAGAAAAAAUAUGACGUUAUUGUGCAAAGAUGCAUCAGUCGUCAACUUAAAAGUGGUUGGAAAAGUGAAUGGAGAAAAUGUCACUGAUUUAUACGAAAAAACAUUUAUGAUAUCUAAGAAUCAAAAUAUUACAGGAAAUAUGUUUUUUUUAAAUAACUCAUAUUUACGAAAAAAUUUGAAUUCUCAUUUUAUUAAUAACGUAAAUAUUGAAAAACUCAUAGUGUUGAAUAGUACCGAUGCAUGGAUAGGCAACUAUGCAUUUAGAAAUUCAAUAACUACAGAAAAAAAUAUAAACAUUUUCGGAAAAUUAAACGGAGUGAAUUUAAAUUAUUGGCUUUCCAACGUUAUUAAUAAGAACUCAAUUACUCCCCAAAGUGUGUAUGGUGAUUGGACAGUUUAUGGAAAUGUGAAUUUAUUGACUCCAAUUUUCAAUGCUAGUAAUAUAAAAGAGCUAUUAGUUUACAACUUCAAUUCAAAAAAACAGAUGAUUUCAAAAAAUGUAUGCCAAACUAUGGAGAAAAUCAAAACAGCUGUUCGAACUUCAUUUCUUAAGUUCAAGUCUUUCGACUAUUUAUUGAUUCAAAAAUUUGAUUACAAAAUUUACAAUUUUUAUAAAUUUGAAUUUAAGAGUUCAAAUUACAUUUUGGUUAAUUUUGAGACACGGAGAGCAACUAUUUUUAUUAUAACUGAUAAAAAUUUGAUUUUUGUAAAUGAUGAAUCCAUGUUCGGAUUAGUGAAGAAGUUCAUCACUUUCAAUAUAGAUGAUAUUCUAUAUAUUGUUACGUAUGAAGAAACACAUUCUAGGAAAGGAUUUGGAAAUGUAUGGAGCUUUGAUACCAAAAUAUUGAAACAUAUGGUACAUCUUGGAAAUAUUUCGGAUAUUACAAAAAUUGGAGUUGAUAGUAUAUUAAUAAGAACUGAUGCAAAAGUUCAAAAAUUGUUGAUAAAAAGUGUUUUGCAAAAAAUGUAUGAUGGAGUAACUGUAACUGUCACCGAAGAAAAAGACAUGCGAUUUUUUUUCAUUGAAAAUCGCACUAUCUUUUUAAGUGAAAAUAUUAUUUACGAAUUUUUUCCAUCAAUGGCAGUUGUGCGCAAUGAACAUUUCAAUAAUAAUUACGUUUCGAUUUAUGGUAAUAAUUUUAAAACCCCUAGAUUAUUACAAAUAAUACACUCAAACCAUCCAAAUUUUAUUACGCUGUUAAACUUCGAAGGGGAUACUGAAAGUUUACUCCUUUUUUUGGAAAACCAGAAAAAAAUUCAAAUUUAUAAGUAUAAGGGUAUCAACGGUUUCAAAUACCACUCUAGUAUUAAAAUUAAAGUAAAUAAGAUGUCAAGUUUCAAAUUGAAAUCGAAGCAAAAUUCAAUUGAAAAACAAUAUUUGGCAGUAGUGCAGGAUUAUAAAUUAAUAAUUCUUGAAGCGAAAAUGUACGGGGAAAAUAUAAGCAUAGAUUGUCAACCCCAUUGUGAUUGUUGAUUGUUAGAGUUAUAUUGUAAGUUUAUUUUAUAGUUUACUAUAAAUAAUUAUUGUUUAGAGUCGUUGAUUGUUUUUUUUAUUAUAAUACUUUAUUGACUUUCAAUGUAGCGUUUGCUGUUGUCAACCUGCAUGUUAAUUGUUAAAAUAUGUUCUGUUGUAAAAGUAUGAAAUAUAACAAAGAAAAUGAAUUUACAAGUUGU